CUUUAACCAUCUGCCACUGUUUAAUUUUGCCAAGUUGGCCUAUAUAUAUAUAAGAGAACAGUGUUAUUCCUUUCAAAUCUCUCUCUUCUUACUAAGCAGACACCAAGCGAAACAUCCUCUGAAAAGGAAAGAACAAAAAAGAAAAGGGAAUGCUAAUCAGCUUCUUCUUAUUCUUCUUUUCCCUCUAAACUCUAAUCCAAAAUCCCAAUAUUUACAGAGGAAGAGAGACAGGGAGAAAACUGAAGAGGAAAGAUGGGUGGGGUGACGUCAUCUAUGGCUGCAAAGUUUGCGUUUUUCCCUCCCAACCCACCUUCAUACAAGCUAAUUAAGGAUGGAGAAACUGGGAUUUUGCUUUUGCACCCUUUUCUUCACCAUGAAAACGUCGACGUUUUGCGUCUCCCCACUCGCCGUGGCACCGAAAUCGUUGCUGUGUACGUGAGGUACCCUAUGGCCACCUCAACUUUGCUGUAUUCGCAUGGGAACGCGGCUGAUGUUGGCCAAAUGUAUAAGUUUUUCAUCGAACUCAGCUUCCACUUAAGAGUCAAUCUCAUGGGGUAUGACUACUCUGGCUAUGGACAGUCAUCAGGAAAGCCCAGUGAGCAGAAUACAUAUGCUGAUAUUGAAGCUGCAUACAAGUGUCUUGAAGAGAACUAUGGUGCCAGGCAAGAAAAUAUCAUCUUAUAUGGUCAGUCUGUGGGAAGCGGUCCAACUGUGGAUCUUGCUGCUCGUUUACCUCGACUAAGAGCUGUUGUUCUGCAUAGUCCUAUUCUAUCAGGGUUAAGAGUCAUGUAUCCUAUGAAGCGCAGUUACUGGUUUGACAUCUACAAGGGAACUAAUGAUGAUGUUGUUGACUGCUCUCAUGGGAAGCGACUUUGGGAACUGUGCCAAGAAAAAUAUGAACCAUUAUGGAUCAAAGGAGGAAAUCACUGUGAUUUGGAACUCCACCCAGAGUAUAUUAGGCAUCUCAAGAAAUUUAUAUCAACAUUUGAGAAGUCGUCUUUUCAAAGAAAUGGUUCUCAGAGAAGUACAGAUGGUAUCGAACAUUCUAGGCAAAGUACUGAAUAUUUUGAGGCUCCAAGAAGGAGUACAGACUGCUGGGACAAACCAAGGAAAAGCAUUGAUAGCAGGGAAAAGCCAAGGAAAAGCACUGAUAGAAGAGACAAGCCACGGAAGAGCACUGAUAGGCCAGAAAAACCGAAAUUUCAUGAGUAUGAUAAACUUAAUAACAUCGACGAGCUAGAAAAGCUUAGAAUAUCCUUAGACCAAAUGGAAAGGAUGGAAAGGUCCCGCCAAAGUGUGGAAUACCUUGAUAAAUCUAGGAGAAGCAUUGACCACCGGCAAGAAAAAGCAAGGAAGAGUGUCGAUUGGUUAGAUAGAAUCCGAAGAGUAUAGAAGUUCGUAAAAUUGGUUCACUGAGUUUGCUCAAGUGGGAGUGAAUAGAGGAAGUAGAAACCGGGGAAAAUGGGGGAAUUGUUUUGGACUAAUAACAUAUUGUUUCAGAAUUUGUAUUUUGGUCUUCAAAGCUGCACGAUAACGGUGUCAUGAAUUUUAGAGUUUGGUAUAUUUGAGUCCUCAAAGCUGCACAAUAAGGGUGUCAUGGAUUGCAAGGCUUGGUAUAAUUUUGAGAUUUGUUCUCUUUGAUUUUCAAUGAAAGAAUCUAACCUGUCUGUUUUUGUUGUGAAAAAUUUGAAAGCUUGUAAUGAACAACUAUUAUUUCACUAUAUCACUCUAAUGUUCAGAUUUUCUGUUGUAUAUUGUGUUAUAAAGUCAUGGAUAUCUCAUAUGUUAGCUUGUUCAUGCCUUCAUGGCAUUGCCAAAGCAGAAGAGAGAUGGUUCUAUGUGUCUGAAUUGGAGCAAUUUAUAACUUGUUUCUUAAGAAAUCAAUCAGUUGCAGGAAUCAUUGUCGGA